CGGAUACUAGGUAUCCUUACUAUCCACACCGCGGCCGGCCCUCAACAUUGCUUCCAAGUUACUACCCUCUAUUCUCGACCAAGAUAACCAUCAACCACCAAGCAUACAACCCACCACCACGAUAACACCAAAAAUUCACCCGAAACACCGAAACAGAAGGGAGUAAAAUGUCCAACCAAAACCUCUACGGCCACCCACCACGCAAAAAGCAAACCUCCUCUCAGUCAGCCGCCCCCUCGUCCUCAACCCUAGCCUUCACAACCACCCUGUCCAACCUCAUCGCCGCCCGGGAUCCGGGAUCUUCGACGUCCACGUCAACCGGCCGUCCCCGCCCCUCCAAAUCCAAAGACGCUUCCGAGGGGUUGUUCGCCCGCCCGAACCGCGGGGCGCAGAAGCGCGCGGCGCAGGAUCUUGUGGUGGACGAGAGCGAUGUGACGACGACACUCUCCGGUGGAACUGCGCAGGUGCACCAGCGGACCCGGGAUCUUGGGGGACGGGUGGACGAGGCGGUGCUGCAGCGGUCGAAGCGGCGGAUGCAGGAGAAGGCCAGGGUGUAUGAGGAUUUGAGGAGGGGGUUGUAUCUUGGUGGGAGUGAUUCCGAGUCUGAGGGUGAUGGUGGUGGUGAUAGGGUAGGGGAGGGCGAGGGGGAGAGGUAUUUGAGGAGGUUGAGGCGGAGGGAGAGGGAGGGGUUGGUGGAUUUUGAUCGGAAGUGGGCGGAUGUGCAUUCUCGUUCUGAUGAUGAUGAUGAGGAAAGGGAUAGGGAUGAUGCGUCGAUUAUCUCCUACGAGGAUGAACUGGGGCGGACCAGGCGCGGGACCAGGGCUGAGGCGGCGGAGGCGGCCAGAGUGAAGAAGCAGCAGCUGGAGGAGGAGGAAGAUGGCCGUCACGAGGCCGGGGAGAGAUGGCGGCCCCGUCGGCCGGAGAAUCUCAUCUAUGGGGAGACCGUGCAGAGCGAGGCGUUCAACCCGGAUGCGAACGUCGCGGCGCACAUGGCCUACCUGGCGAAACGCCGGGAUCGCUCGGUGACCCCGCCGGAGGAGACCCAUUACGAUGCCGAGGCCGAGGUCAGGAACCGCGGCACCGGAUUCUAUGCCUUCGCCAGGGAUGAGGAAACUAGGAGGCGGCAGAUGGAGGAGCUGCGCGCCGCGAGGGAGGAGACGCAGAGGGAGAGGGAGGAGAAGCAGCAGCGGCGCGCGAGGAGGGAGGAGGCGAGGAACGAGAGGCGCGUCAAGGUCGACGAGUUGAGGUCCAAGAGGCGCGCCGAGAUGUUCCUGGCCGGGUUGGGCGACGUCGGCGUGGUAUGAAUUACUUCCACCCAAAUUUCGCAUUCGUGCUGGCGUUGCGUGUUUGCUUCUCUAGAGAUACCCAUCCAAAUCUUAAUCAUUCAUGACAUUAAAAGAAUCCAGGUCCACGGAGUAACCA